AGGAAGAUUUAUAGCAUUAUUAUAUAGUCCGCAGUGUGGAGUAUAACAAACAGUAAACAAAAUGUUUAAAUUGGUCAUAACCAUUUUGUGUUUGGCCCUAAUCGCCGAUGCGGCAUUCGUACGCAUACCUUUGAAUAAGCCCAACAAACGUCGCUCUGUUAAGAACAUUAACGCGCUGGCGGCUGUACUGCGUCAUAAAUAUAAUCCACGAAAAAAUGUCACAUCCGAAGAAUUGCGGAAUGCUGACAAUGACGCCUACUACGGCGCAAUCACCAUCGGUACACCACCGCAGCACUUUCAAGUUCUCUUCGAUACCGGUUCGUCGAAUUUAUGGAUACCCGGCGCACCAUGUGCUGCCAGCGAUGAAGCCUGUCUCACACACAACACCUACAAUGCGAGCGCGUCCAGCACAUAUCAAUUGAAUAAUCAAAGUUUCGCCAUACAAUAUGGUAGCGGCAACCUCAGCGGUUACUUAGCAACGGACACUGUUACGAUCAGCGGUUUGGCUGUUGCGAACCAAACUUUCGGUGUAGCGACUGCCGAAUCGAACGCCAGUUUCAUCGCCGCUAACUUCGAUGGCAUUUUCGGUAUGGCUUUUCAACAGAUUGCUGUCGAUAAUGUGGUGCCACCGUUCUACAACCUAUACACACAGGGUUUGAUCGAUACGCCCGUAUUCGCUUUUUAUUUAGCACGUAAUGGCACAUCCAGCCGAGGUGGCGAGCUGACACUCGGCGGUGUUGAUCCCAAACAUUAUGUGGGUACGCUCACCUAUGUCGAUAUCUUUUACGAAUCCUAUUGGCAAAUCCAGGUGGAUUCGUUCAGCAUUGACGAUACGUUAGUGUGUCUAUAUUGUUUCGCAAUCGUUGAUACGGGCACUAGUUUGUUCGGUGUACCGUCGGACUUAUAUAUCGGCGUACAAAACGCUAUUGGCGCUAGGUCCGACACUUUUGGUAAUUACCUUGUGCCAUGUAAUUAUACUAGCUAUUUGCCCGUACUUUAUGUGAAUAUCAAUGGCACAUCCUUCAACCUGACAAGUGAUGACUACAUUGUUCCUGUGGAGAAUGACAAAGGCGAUAUUGUAUGCAUGUCCGGAUUCAUAAAUUCUGGUGGUCCAGUGUGGGUGUUGGGUGAUGUUUUCAUCGGCAAGUACUAUACGGUCUUCGAUAUGGAAAAGGAUCGUAUUGGAUUCGCGCCCGCCGCUGUGAAUGCUACGGUUUUGAACUAAAUUUUGUAAUUAUACGAAGUUUCGCUUUUCAUUUGAAUUUAAAUAAAAAUAAAUAAAUAAAUAAUAA